AUGGAAAUAGGCAUCGCAGUCUGUACAAAUGGGUGCCUGAUUUGGUUGGGGAUGACGCGAAUGUCCGACCCUUGCCGAUCAGAGGCAAAACACAGAACUUUACCUUUCAAUCUCCGCGCAACUCCAUCGAAUCGAGAAAAAAGGGGUAAAUCACCCAACGUCGGUGCCGAGUCGGUCAACCCUACAACAUACUAG